AUGGCCAGUCCGUCCGAACUACAGCGGGAUGAGCGCAAGCGACAGUACAGUGCACUGCGCCGGGCUAUCAUCAAAUCAUGCAGCCCAUCCUUGCUGGCCAAAUUCAGCCUCUGCCCGGAUGGGGAGAGGUUUACGAUGCUGAAACAGUUCAUGCUGGCGGACGGCAAGGUAGACACCAUAGAAGUUGAAGAGCGAUACGUCCGUUGGACGGAGCAGCUUCGCAGCGAUCGCUACGUGACCGUCACAAAGCUACAGCUCUACAAAGUAUAUGGCCGUUCGAAGGAGGCCAAGGCUUUUGUGGAAGAACUUUGCAAGGGUCAACCAGGCAUUCCUCACCCUCAAGUACCUUCUCAGAAGAUGUAUAAGGUGUUGAAGGAGGUGGCAGAGAAUACCACCACUGGGUGCCGAAGUGACACCACGAUGUCCGUCGGAGGGAGAAUCAAGGACCCGGCCUUGAAGUCGAUGCUGGCAAAGCAAUUGAAUGUUGGCCUAGGCGCACUCGAGAGCCAACAGUUGAUGGAUCUCAAGACUGGGAAGAUCGUUUCGAAAAAAGAGAAAAAACCAAAGUCUCCAGAGCAAAUGGCUCUUACUGAAGCCAAGGUCCUAAGCGGGAAGUGGAAGAAGAUUAUCAACGAUCUACCCACCUGUAUCGAAGACAUGGACAAAUAUGGUGUCCGGAACUCUUCCGAAUUGGUUGAUGCUUUGAGACGCCAUGAGUUGGAAGUGGUGGGGCCUUCCGAAGCAGCUAUUCAGAAGGCCAACACCCCUCUUUCCGAUGUAGAUGCUGCAGCUUUGCAAGAGUGGGUUGAUUCCCAAAAGCCCCUUUUGAAUCGAAUUGAGGGCGACGUCAGGGAUUCGAAGCGGCGCAUUGCUGCUGUCAAAGCACCCAAGCGUAAGGCCAAGGUGGAAGAGCCACAGCCUUCCGAUGGCAGCCAGUCUGAUGGGGGAAUGUCUGAUGAGGGAAACUGA